GGUGAGUUGGUCCUCGCGCGAUCAGAAGAAGUUAAAAGGUCCGCAAAACGAACGUCACCGAGCAGUUUGACUUCCGGUCGACUUCAACAACGAUGAACGUGCUUCUUCUCGCGUGCCUCUGUCUCCUGACUCGGUCUGUGACGACGACUGAUGGAGGACCAGAAGUCAUCAAAGUGGAACAAGACAGUGAUGUGAUCUUACCUUGUUCUCUCAGCAACAAGCAGGACAUCACAGCAGCUGUCUUUGACUGGAAGAAAGUAGCUCAGAAAGGUCAACGUCAGAAGGAGGUUUUCUUUUAUAAUGCAGGUGUUCAUUACAACAACGGUAAAGAUGGUCAGAGUGAGCAGUUCAGAGGACGAGUCUCACAUUUUGAAGAUGAACUGAAACACGGGAACGCCUCCAUAAUCAUCACAAAUACCAAGAUGGCCGACAGUGGACACUACACCUGUGCUUUUCCACGUCUUCAGACACCUCAAACUUUCUACAUUGAGCUCGUUGUUGAUCCUGUCUUAAAAGACAGAUCAGCAGAAAACAUCCCAGGUGCAGCUCCAAAGCCCUCCGUCGCAUCACUUAAAGAAACAAAGGACUGGUCUCUGCUGCAGUGUGAAGCUCAUGGUAACCCACAACCUGCAGUAGAAUGGCAGGACAGUGAUGGAAACAAACUUCCUGCUGACGAGCCAACGUUCUCAGUGAGAGGAGGCAGCUUCUACGUUAAACUCAACAUCACCGUGACCAAGACGGACAAUUAUCGCUGUGUAGUGACUCAGAGGACCAUCAACCAUCAGAUCCACGCUGAGACCUCUGUGCACAUCAGUGGUGCAGCUCAGGAGCCGUCCGUCACUUCUCUUGAUGAAACAAAAGAUGGAAUGUUGUUACAGUGUGUCGUUCGAGGUGCUUCUCCAGACCUGAGGGUAGAGUGGGAGGACAGUGAUGGAAACAAACUUCCUGCUAAUGAACCAACGUUCUCAGAGAGAGGAGGCAGCCACGACGUCAUCCUGCAGACUACUGUGACUCAGACCGGCCGCUAUCGCUGCGUCACCACAGAUCAAACCAACAAACGCACUUGGGCUGAGAUCUACGUGUCUGUUAAUGUUUCCUCCCCUGGAUGGAUGAUUGUUGCUGCAGUUCUCGGUUCUGUUUUAUUUGUUGGUGUUCUUGUAGCUGUGUUCGUAUACUUUAAAAAAAGUAAGUUGAAAAGUAUUUCAUGUAUUGUGUUCAACAGACUCUUGAUCUCUUCUUCAUGUGUUAGAGUUCUGUGAUUAUUGAUCCAUGUUGAAUUAACCUGGUAGUCUCUCAGUUAUCUGAUGUUGUUUGAUUUAUUCUGACGGUUUGAUGAAUCAGUGAAGUCUGAUGAGACCCGGUCAGGUAGAACACCUGGACCUGGAUCUGGACCUUUCUGCCCCUUUAGACUAAAACACAACCAUAGAGUUUCAAAAUAAAACGGCGGCCAUUUAACACGUCUCUGUUUUAGACACAAUGAGUCAAAGUUGUUCUUCAGCUGGAAAAAUACAGAAACAAACCAAAGAGGUCAGAUGCUGGUCUGAGAUCAGUUCCUGGAUCUAAACUCAGGAACUCAAAGUCCUUUUUGUGAUUUCCUGUUUGAAACAUUUGAAACACUCAAAGACUUCAUGUUUUUAGAUAUUUAUCUUUGAGUGUUUUUCACAGAUGA